AUGCAGUCGGGCCAACAGGCCCAGCAGCCCGUGUCGAUGGACGUGGAGGAGAAGGCGCGGAAAUGGCACCAGCUGAACCACAGGCGGUAUGCGGACAAGCGGAAGUUCGGCUAUGUGCAGGCGGAGAAGGAGCAGAUGCCACCGGAACACGUGCGGCUGAUCAUCCGAGACCACGGCGACAUGUCGUCCCGCAAAUACAGGCACGACAAGCGCGUGUACCUGGGAGCCCUCAAGUUUGUGCCGCACGCCAUCUACAAGCUGCUGGAGAACAUGCCCAUGCCCUGGGAGCAGGUGCGCCACGUCAACACGCUGUACCACGUCACCGGCGCCAUCAGCUUUGUGGACGAGAUCCCGCUGGUCAUCGAGCCCGUCUACCUGGCGCAGUGGGGCUCCAUGUGGAUCAUGAUGCGCCGUGAGAAGCGCGACCGCCGCCACUUCAAGCGCAUGCGCUUCCCGCCCUUUGACGACGAGGAGCCGCCGCUGGACUACGCCGACAACAUCCUGGAUGUGGACCCGCUGGAGGCGAUCGAGCUGGAGCUGGAUGAGGAGGAGGAUGCGCCCGUGUUCAGGUGGUUUUACGAGAACAAGCCGCUGCAGUACAGCAAGAUGGUCAAUGGGCCGUCGUACAAGCGGUGGAAGCUGCCGCUGCCCGUGAUGGCCACGCUGUACCGCCUGGCGGGGCAGCUGCUGUCCGACCUGAUCGACCGCAACUACUUCUACCUGUUUGACGUCAACUCCUUCAUCACCGCCAAGUCGCUCAACAUGUGCAUCCCGGGGGGGCCCAAGUUUGAGCCGCUGUUCCGCGACAUGGACACGCGGGACGAGGACUGGAACGAGUUCAACGACAUCAACAAGCUCAUCAUCCGCACCCCCAUCCGCACCGAGUACAAGGUGGGCUUCCCCUACCUGUACAACAACCGGCCGCGCAAGGUGCGGCUGGGCGUGUACCACCACCCCAUGGUGAUGUACAUCAAGGCGGAGGACCCAGAUCUGCCCGCCUUCUAUUACGAUCCCCUCAUCCAUCCUAUCGCCGCUUACAAAACCGACAGGAAGGGGCGCCUGCCGGAGGAGGAGGAGGAGGAGGGCGAGGACGACUUUGUCCUGCCCGAGGGCGUGGAGCCCUUCCUGUCCUCAGCGCCGCUAUACACAGACACCACGGCGGCGGGCAUCUCGCUUCUGUGGGCGCCGCGCCCCUUCAACCUGCGGUCGGGGCGCAUGCGGCGCGCAUGCGACGUGCCGCUGGUCAACCCCUGGUUCAUGGAGCACUGCCCCACCACCUACCCCGUCAAGGUGCGGGUCAGCUACCAGAAGCUGCUCAAGAACUACGUGCUCAACCAGCUGCACCACAGGCCGCCCAAGAACCAGAAGAAGCGGUCCCUGUUCAAGUCGCUGGCCGCCACCAAGUUCUUCCAGCGCACCGAGCUGGACUGGGUGGAGGUUGGCCUGCAGGUGUGCCGUCAGGGCUACAACAUGCUUAACCUGCUCAUCCACCGCAAGCACCUCAACUACCUGCACCUGGACUACAACUUCAACCUCAAGCCGGUCAAGACGCUGACCACCAAGGAGCGCAAGAAGUCGCGGUUUGGCAACGCCUUCCACCUGUGCCGCGAGAUUCUGCGCCUGACCAAGCUGGUAGUGGAUGCCAACGUGCAGUUCCGGCUGGGCAACGUGGACGCUUUCCAGCUGGCAGACGGCCUGCAGUACACCUUCUCCCACGUGGGCCAGCUCACGGGCAUGUACCGCUAUAAGUACAAGCUCAUGCGCCAGGUGCGCAUGUGCAAGGACCUCAAGCACCUCAUCUACUACCGCUUCAACACGGGACCCGUGGGCAAGGGCCCCGGCGUGGGAUUCUGGGCGCCGGCGUGGCGCGUCUGGCUCUUCUUCCUGCGCGGCAUCGUGCCGCUGCUGGAGCGCUGGCUGGGCAACCUGCUGGCGCGGCAGUUUGAGGGGCGCCAGUCCAAGGGCAUCGCCAAGACGGUCACCAAGCAGCGCAUCGAGUCGCACUUUGACCUGGAGCUGCGUGCGGCGGUGAUGCACGACAUCCUGGACAUGAUGCCCGAGGGGGUGAAGCAGAACAAGGCCAAGACCAUCCUGCAGCACCUGUCAGAGGCAUGGCGGUGCUGGAAGGCGAACAUCCCCUGGAAGGUACCGGGAUUGCCUGCUCCCAUUGAAAACAUGAUCCUGCGCUAUGUCAAGAUGAAGGCUGACUGGUGGACCAACGUGGCGCACUACAACCGUGAGCGCAUCCGGCGGGGCGCGACCGUGGACAAGACGGUGUGCCGCAAGAACCUGGGCCGCCUCACGCGCCUCUACCUCAAGGCCGAGCAGGAGCGGCAGCACAACUACCUCAAGGACGGCCCCUAUGUGACCCCCGAGGAGGCUGUGGCCAUCUACACCACCACGGUGCACUGGCUGGAGAGCCGCAAGUUUGCGCCCAUCCCCUUCCCGCCGCUGUCGUACAAGCACGACACCAAGCUGCUGAUCCUGGCGCUGGAGCGGCUGAAGGAGCAGUACACGGUGGCGGUACGGCUCAACCAGCAGCAGCGCGAGGAGCUGGGCCUGAUCGAGCAGGCGUACGACAACCCGCACGAGGCGCUGUCGCGCAUCAAGCGCCACCUGCUCACCCAGCGCUCCUUCAAGGAGGUGGCCAUCGAGUUCUUCGACCUGUACUCCCACCUGGUGCCCGUGUACGAGAUCGAGCCGCUGGAGAAGAUCACAGACUGCUACCUGGACCAGUACCUGUGGUACGAGUCGGACAAGCGCCACCUCUUCCCCAACUGGAUCAAGCCCGGUGACAGCGAGCCGCCGCCGCUGCUGGUCUACAAGUGGUGCCAGGGCAUCAACAACCUGACCGACGUGUGGGACACAUCGGCGGGCGAGUGCGUGGUCAUGAUGCAGUCCACCAUGGAGAAGCUGUGGGAGAAGGUGGACCUCACCCUGCUCAACCGCCUGCUGCGCCUCAUCGUGGACCACAACAUUGCAGACUACAUGACCUCCAAGAACAACAUCGUCAUCAGUUAUAAGGAUAUGGCCCACACCAACUCCUACGGGAUCAUCCGCGGCCUGCAGUUUGCCUCCUUCAUCACCCAGUAUUACGGCCUGGUGCUGGACCUGCUGCUGCUGGGCCUCACGCGUGGCUCGGAGAUUGCGGGGGCACCCAACCUGCCGAACGAGUUCCUGACCUUCCGCGAUGCACGCACCGAGGCGCGGCACCCGAUCCGCCUGUACCAGCGGUACACGAACAAGGUGCACAUCCUGUUCCGGUUUGCGGCGGAGGAGGCCAAGGACCUGAUCCAGCGCUACCUCACCGAGCACCCCGACCCCAACAACGAGAACAUCGUGGGGUACAACAACAAGAAGUGCUGGCCCCGCGACGCUCGCAUGCGGCUGAUGAAGCACGACGUCAACCUGGGGCGGGCGGUGUUCUGGGACAUGAAGAACCGGCUGCCGCGCUCGCUGUCCACCUUUGACUGGGACAACUCCUUUGUGUCGGUCUACUCCAAGGACAACCCCAACCUGCUGUUCUCCAUGUCGGGCUUCGAGGUGAUGGGAGGGGUGCGCAUCUUGCCCAAGGUUCGCAUGGCGGCGGAGGGGCUGGCGCACAAGGACGGCGUGUGGAGCCUGCAGAACGAGGUCACCAAGGAGCGCACCGCUCAGGCCUUCCUGCGCGUGGAUGAUGAGGGGCUCAAGGCGUUUGAGAACCGCGUGCGCCAGGUGCUCAUGUCCUCCGGCUCCACCACCUUCACCAAGAUCGCCAACAAGUGGAACACGGCGCUGAUUGGGCUGAUGACGUACUACCGGGAGGCCACGGUGCACACCCAGGAGCUGCUGGACCUGCUGGUGAAGUGCGAGAACAAGAUCCAGACGCGCAUCAAGAUUGGGCUCAACUCCAAGAUGCCUUCCCGCUUCCCGCCCGUCGUCUUCUACUCACCCAAGGAGAUUGGCGGGCUGGGCAUGCUGUCCAUGGGCCACAUCCUCAUCCCGCAGUCAGACCUGCGCUACUCGCAGCAGACCGACCUUGGCGUGACGCACUUCCGGGCGGGCAUGACGCACGACGAGGAUCAGCUGAUCCCCAACCUGUACCGCUACAUCCAGCCCUGGGAGAGCGAGUUCAUCGACUCGCAGCGCGUGUGGGCGGAGUACGCGCUCAAGCGGCAGGAGGCGCUGGCGCAGAACCGGCGGCUGACCCUGGAGGACCUGGAGGACAGCUGGGACCGCGGCAUCCCGCGCAUCAACACCCUGUUCCAGAAGGAUCGCCACACGUUGGCAUACGACAAGGGCUGGCGCAUCCGCCAGGAGUUCAAGCAGUACCAGCAGGCGCGCGUCAACCCCUUCUGGUGGACUCAUCAGCGCCACGACGGAAAGCUUUGGAACCUCAACAAUUACCGCACCGAUGUCAUCCAGGCGUUGGGUGGCGUGGAGGGCGUCCUGGAGCACACCCUGUUCAAGGGCACCUACUUCCCCACCUGGGAGGGCCUGUUCUGGGAGAAGGCGUCCGGGUUUGAGGAGAGCAUGAAGUACAAGAAGCUGACCAACGCGCAGCGCAGCGGCCUCAACCAGAUCCCCAACCGCCGCUUCACACUCUGGUGGUCCCCCACCAUCAACCGCGCCAACGUGUAUGUGGGCUUCCAAGUGCAGCUGGACCUGACGGGCAUCUUCAUGCACGGUAAGAUCCCCACACUCAAGAUCUCGCUCAUCCAAAUCUUCCGCGCCCAUCUGUGGCAGAAGGUCCACGAGUCCCUGGUCAUGGACCUGUGCCAGGUGUUUGACCAGGAGCUGGAUGCGCUGGAGAUUGAGACGGUGCAGAAGGAGACCAUCCACCCGCGCAAGUCGUACAAGAUGAACUCCUCCUGCGCCGACAUCCUGCUGUUUGCCGCCUACAAGUGGCCCAUGUCCAAGCCCUCGCUGAUGGCCGACACCAACGACGUGUUUGAUCAGAAGCCCUCCAACAAGUACUGGGUGGAUGUGCAGCUGCGCUGGGGCGACUACGACAGCCACGACGUGGAGCGGUACACGCGGGCCAAGUUCCUGGACUACACCACAGACAACAUGUCCAUCUACCCCUCCCCCACGGGCGUCAUGGUGGGCAUCGACCUGGCCUACAACCUGCACUCCUCCUUUGGCAACUGGUUCCCGGGCGCCAAGCCGCUCAUCAUCCAGGCCCUGGCCAAGAUCAUGAAGUGCAACCCCGCCAUGUAUGUGCUGCGCGAGCGCGUGCGCAAGGCGCUGCAGCUCUACUCCUCGGAGCCCACCGAGCCCUACCUGUCCUCCCAGAACUACGGGGAGCUCUUCUCCAACCAGAUCAUCUGGUUUGUGGACGACACUAACGUGUACCGCGUGACCAUCCACAAAACCUUUGAGGGCAACCUGACCACCAAGCCCAUCAAUGGAGCCAUCUUCAUCUUCAACCCGCGCACGGGCCAGCUCUUCCUGAAGAUCAUCCACACCAGCGUGUGGGCGGGGCAGAAGCGGCUGUCGCAGCUGGCCAAGUGGAAGACGGCUGAGGAGGUGGCGGCGCUGAUUCGGUCGCUGCCUGUUGAGGAGCAGCCCAAGCGCAUCAUCUGCAGCCGCAAGGCGGCGCUGAAGAUUGAGAAGUUUGGUGACCUGAUCCUGAAGGCCACCGAGCCGCAGAUGCUGCUGUUCAACCUGUACGACGACUGGCUUAAAACUAUCUCCUCCUACACCGCCUUCUCCCGCCUCGUCCUCAUCCUGCGUGCCCUGCACGUCAACGUUGACAAGGCCCGCAUGGUGCUCAAGCCCGACAAGACAAUAGUGACGGAGCCGCACCACAUCUGGCCCAGCCUGACCGACGAGCAGUGGAUCAAGGUGGAGAUUGCGCUCAAGGACCUUAUCCUGGCUGACUAUGCCAAGAAGAACAACGUCAACGUGGCGGCGCUGACGCAGAGCGAGAUCCGUGACAUCAUCCUGGGUGCCGAGAUCACGCCGCCCAGCCAGCAGCGCCAGCAGAUUGCGGAGAUUGAGAAGCAGGCGCGGGAGGGCGGCCAGAUGACGGCGCUGACCACCAAGACCACCAACGUCCACGGCGAUGACCUCAUCGUCACCACCACCUCGCCCUACGAGCAGGCAGCCUUUGGGUCCAAGACCGACUGGCGCGUGCGCGCCAUCUCCGCAGCCAACCUCCACCUCCGCGUCAACCACAUCUACGUCAACUCGGACGACAUUCGUGACAGCGGGUACACGUAUGUGAUGCCCAAGAACCUGCUCAAGAAAUUCAUCACCGUGGCCGACCUGCGAACGCAGAUCGCGGGCCUGCUGUACGGCGUGUCGCCGCCCGACAACCCGCAGGUCAAGGAGGUGCGGUGCAUCGUGAUGCCGCCCCAGUGGGGUAACCACCAGCUGGUCAACCUGCCCGGCGCACUGCCGGAACACGACUACCUGGCUGACCUGGAGCCCCUGGGCUGGCUGCACACCCAGCCCAACGAGACGCCACAGAUGGCGCCGCAGGACGUGACUGCACACGCCAAGAUGCUGGAGACGCACAAGAGCUGGGAUGGCGAACGCUGCAUCCUCAUCACCUGCUCCUUCACCCCUGGCUCCGUCAGCCUCACCGCCUACAAGCUGACGCCGGCGGGGUACGAGUGGGGGCGCCAGAACAAGGACACCAGCGCCAACCCAGGCAAGCACGGGGUGGGGGUUGUCGGGUACUCGCCCACGCACUACGAGAAGGUGCAGAUGCUGCUGUCGGACCGCUUCAUGGGCUGGUUCAUGGUGCCGGACGUGGGCAGCUGGAACUUCGCCUUCAGCGGGGUGAAGUGGAGUGUGGGCAUGAAGUACGGGCUGCGGCUGGCCAACCCCAAGGCCUUCUUUGACGAGGCCCACCGCGCGCACCACUUCCUGGAGUUCAAUGCCAUGGAGGAGGGGGCGGUGGAGGCCGACGUGCCAGACCACUUCUCGUGACCCCCGCCUGCCCUGUGGUGGCACGCACCGCGGAACGGUGAUCGCCGAUGGUUGGCCUCCCCUCCUUGCUUUCAUUUGCUGCAUGUCCUGCUCUCUGCUCCCUUUGGUUGCUCUCUUGCUUUCCUGUUGCUCUUAACACCAGUUUCAGCCAAAUGUAAUUCACUCAAUUCAUC